CCAUUGAGUUGGCAUUUGGGAUUUGCUGAACGAGAAAACGAAAUCCCGUAGUUAAUUGUUUAAUAACGACGUCCUAAAACAAGUAGAUGUAUUGUUUAGUCAACUGCCAGACGAACCUGUGUGCGUGUAAAUAAGCGAACGAUUUGUCUCCAACAUGUUGCACAACAAUGCGUCCUGGCUGCCACCGCAUCAGCAGCAGCAGCAGCCGCAACAGCAGCAGCAUCCGCAGCAGCCACAUCCUCCUCACCUUCAGCAGCAGCAGCAACCGCAUCCUGUCCAGCAUCCUCAGCAGCAGCAGCUCUAUGCCAGCCAAAUGUUUCAGCAGCAACAGCAGCAGCAGCCAACGACGGGCUACUGGCCGCCGGAGGAACAGCAGCAACCGCAGUCGCUGAACUACAACAACUACUUUGCGGGUCAGCAGCAGCCACUGCAGCAGCCGCCGCAGCAACAGCAGCAAAUGUAUUAUCCCACGCAUCACCAGCUGCCUCAGGCCCCAGCGGAAACCGCUCUUGAUUCCUUUGAUAACAACAAUAGCGGAGGAGGAGGCGGCGGCAGCGUUCGGAACGAUGGCUGGGGAGAUUGGGGUGAUUGGAAUGAUAACAAUAACUCUAGCAGCAAUGGCAACGAGGCCGUAAUGGAGACGCCGCCGGAACAGCUGCUGGAGGACUCUUUCAAUGUGCAAUCCUCGCCAGGCAGUUGGCAGGCCUUUGCCAAUAACAAUACGGAGCUCUCACUGCAGCCUCCUGGUCCUCCUUUGAUGCAGCAGCAAACGGCUCCUCCUUCUUUGCUGCAGCAGCAGCAGCAGCCUCUUGCUCCUCCUUUACUGCAGCAGCAGCCUGUUGCUCCUCCUUUGCUGCAGCAUCAACCUGUUCCGCCGCCACCAGAGCUGGGACAAGAACCAGAGGUGGAUGCCAUUGUGCCGCCGCAAGCUUUCCAGAAUCAACCAGCAGCUGCACCCCCACCAGCACUGGCACCACCAGCAGCACUGCCUCCAAGCAUGUCGCCAGCCGCCGGCAAUCCCUUCAAGCGUUCAACGGGACUAAGCAAGCGCGUUAACAUACUGGCAACUCCGCCGGAAGGAGGCGCAUCCUCGUCACCAGCACUUGCUCCAGUGGCUCCGGCAGUAGCACCAAUGGCCCCGGCAGUGGUUCCUGCGCCAUCAGAGCAGCUUUUCGGCCUGCCAGCGGAGGCACAGGGAGAGCCCUUCAGUAUACUGGCCGCACUGCCAGUGGCUGCUUCUAUAGGAGCUCCCUUACCCGCAGUCGUUCCUGCUCCGGCUCCAGCUCCUGCUCCUGCUCCGGCUCCUGCUCCUGUGGCAUCGAUCUAUGCACCGCCACUGCUGGAACAGCCGGAUAACCAGGAGGUGCUCGCGGCUCCGAACGACGAACGGGCACAGUACCUGCAAACGAGCCACCUGUCCGAGCAGCUGGGCGAGGGUGAAGCGGAUCAGGAUGCUGGCCUGCUGCCGCCACCUGGACUGUCCCGUCUGGUGCUCGGCCAGCCGGAAUUGGACUUCCAGCAGCAGCGCUUGGUCACCGGAGGCACUGAGCAGUCAUCGCUGAACGUGGCCCAGGCGGCGGCUCUCCAGCAUAUGGAGGAGCGCCAGGCCGACGGUGAGGAUACCUCGGAUGGGGAGCAGCAGGUGCGAAAUCUACAGACACCACCGCGUCGCGUAGUCACGGGCGUGGAGACCAGUGUAGCCCCCCGUGCGCCGCUUUCCGUGCGCGAACAGCGCGAAGUGGUACUGGAUGGCGAGAAUCUGGAGGAUCGCGAGGCACUGUCGCCACCACCGACGGCUGAGCUGCCGCAAGUACAUCACAUAUUGCCCGCCGAUGAGUCGGAGCAGCUGCAGCAUCACAAUCCGCCGCAGGCGCUGACGGACCAACAGCAGCAGCCAUCCCAGCAGCCGUCUCUGGGGCAGCAGCAGCAGCCCCAGUUGGAGAAGCGUGCAGAAGCCGGACGUCGUGGCAAUGCCGCCUCGCUGGAACUGGAGUCCGAGGACGAAUCGGAUGAGUUCCUGGCGAGCGAAAGAGAACGGGAUCGCGAGCAUGCACGCGAACGCCGCGACCCCAUAGACGAGAGACCGAGGGGAGGCCGUGGUGGACGUGGCAGCCACUACACCUACGAUGGCGAAACGGAGGACUCGGUGCGCGGUGCUCCCCACAACGAGAGCAAGACGCUGAGGGAUUCCCAUCACAGACGCAGCAACCAUGAGUCCACGCGCUCGCGGCGCCACCCCGAACCGGAGGUGGAGCGUGAGAGGGAGCGCGAAAGGGAUCGGGAUCGGGAACGAGACCGCGAACGCGAGCGCACCUUUCGGCGACGAUCCAAUAAGUAUUUUAGCGGCGGCGAGGAUCAGGAGCAGCGUUCCUACGAUCACCCGCGACACGGCUACAACAACAGCAACUACGAUGGCGAGUCGGAUAACCUGGAGAUAAAUCAUCUGGGCGAGGGCGAGCUGGAUGCCAGUGGCGUCGGUGCUCCAGGUAGCAUUGGCGGCGGUGGUCGGAGCAGCAAGACCGGUCGCCAGCGGCGCAGUGCCGUUGAGGAAGAUUACGAGGAGUAUGAACGGGAACGGGAUCGCUACUACUCUCGGCGUUCCACAAAGCAGCAUCCGACAGACAAGCCUCGUUCCAGCGGCGGCCGUAGAAGCUACGAUAACCAGGGACGCGGCAGCGGGCGCAUCGAUGAUUCGCGGCGAUCGCGGCACAACGAUCUGCGCAACUGGGAUGGCUACGAAGAGUACCGGCGCAAGAGCUCGCGGAAUAGUGACCUCGAAAAGGAGCGCAUCAACGGCGGCGGAGGAGGCAGUGCCACAGCUGGCGGCCCUGGCUCCGGCACUGGCAAGCGCCGCAUCCAGUAUGCCGCCGGUGUGUCCGGCGCCUACGAUCCGUAUGGCAUGUACGAGCAGAUGUCGCGCAAUCCACAUGUCUACGCCGACAUGUACGCCAAGUUCUAUGGCCAGAUGAUCAAUUCGAUGACGGCGGCAGUCACAGCGAAUGCCAGCGCUGUUCCCGGUGCUGGUGGAGUUGGCGCAAUGCUGGGCGCCUUGGUGCCUGGCGCAGUGCCAGCAGCGGCGGCCACCCAACUGGUAACCCCGGGAAGUGUAAGCGCGGGCAGCAGCGAAGCGGCAUUGCUCAAGGAGCGCGAAAGGUAUACACACGCAUACAUAACCCAAGCCAAUGAAUUCCAUCGUCGCCAACAUUACAAAGAGCUGAUCUACCAGCAACAACAACAACAACAGCAUCAGGAUCUCGUCCUCAACAGCAGUUUGAACGAGGAUAAUGCCAGUUUCUAUGGAGGAGCAUCAUCGAUAUAUGGCCAAUACCCAUCAUAUUUGUCCAGUGCACAAUCGCUGAGUAAUUUGAACGGAGAUGGACGCAAUUCCCGCUGCGGACCAUAUUAUGCUGGCUCCGAGUGCGGUCUCGAUAUCAGAGCUGCUGCCACUCCUGGCGAAUCAGCAGGAGCAGCACCAACGACCACAUAUGGAGGCGUGACCACCACCGCUGUGGUGGCUCGUCCGCCUAGGCGGCGCACUCCCCUUCUGUUCAACCGGCCGCAUCUGGUGGCCUCGUAUGCGAUGAGCAUGCUCCUAAAGGUGAAGCCCAAGUAUGCCGGCCGUGGAAGAUUGCGCAACGAUGUGGAGGUGGCGCCGCUUCGCAUUCGCGACGGCACGAGCAGCCUGCUACGCAUGUAUCCAGGCCCAUUGCAGGGCCGCAAGCUGCACAAGGAUAAGAUCAUUAGCUUCUGCAAGGAGCAGAUACGCCUGGGACCCACCCGUGGCUGCACGGUGCUGUAUGCCACGCAGAAGAAGCCUCAAGGAAGCGUGAACAAGUAUCGCGCCUCCCACGCCCUCAUGUGGCACCUGCUCAUUCUGCUGCUGCGCCAGAAUGGGUACAUUGCCGACACGGAUGUGGGUGAUCUGUUGCUGGACAACCAGCAGGAGUAUCCCUACGACCCAAACGAAUACGAGGUGGAGGCUGAGCCAGAUGCGGAUGAACAGCAGCAGCAGGAGGGCGAGACUCUGGUUCAGGCGGAGAAGCCACUGGACGACUCAGAGGCGGACAGUGAGACGGGUGGAGCUGGUGCUUUGCCCGAGCCCACAGUAACAGUAGGUGCCAAUGCUAAUGCAACGGGUGAAGCAGCGUCCCCACUGUCGGAACAGGCGGCCACGGACAAGUUCCGCAGCUAUGUCCUCCGCGGCAAUGUAGAGGAGGCCCUCCAAUGGGCCACCGACAAUGGCCUGUGGACGCAUGCCUUUUUCCUGGCCCUCUACGAGGAUCGCUAUGCCUUGACUGAUGUGGCCCAGAAGUUCCUCAAUCGCGCCAUCAAGGCCAACGAUCCGCUGCAGACGCUCUACCAGAUGAAGAGCUGUCGCACGCCGGCCUGCGUCAGCCAGCUGAGGGACGAGCAGUGGGGCGAUUGGCGUUCUCAUCUCUCCAUUUUGGUCACAAACAAGAGCCGCCAGCCGGAGUACGAUCGCAGCUCGGUAGUGGCUCUCGGCGAUACGCUUUUCCAGCGCGGCGACAUCUAUGCGGCUCACUUUUGCUAUCUGGUGGCCCAGGAGGAGUUUGGUCGAUACGAUAGCUCUGCCACGGAACUAACCACGCUGACGGCCAACGUGCCACGCCUGAUCCUGCUGGGAGCCUCGCACUACAAGCCCUUCAACGAGUUCGCCAGCAACGAGGCCAUUAUUAUGACGGAGAUCUACGAGUACGCCCGCUCCCUGUUCGAUCCCAAGUUCAGCAUUGCCCAGUUCCAGCACUACAAGUUCCUGCUGGCCACGCGCAUCCUGGACUACGGCCAGCACUUCCGCUGCACCAACUAUCUGGAGCAGAUAGCGCGGCACAUUGAGCUCAAGCCGGAGAGCUAUGACAGUGACUUUAUUCAGAGGGUCUGUGGCCUGGCAGAACGUCUAAGGUAUCACGAUCCCAUACUGAUCAACCGGGUGUCCUUUGCAAGUCCUCCGAAUGCCAGCAGUAAGGAUUCGGCCGCUCCGGAAGAGAAGGCCUGGCUACGCCAGCUGCGCUCUCUGGCCGAGGUGCAGCCUCAACAGGAGCACCUACAGCAGCAGCAGCAGGAGCUGCAGGAGCAGCAAGAGCAACAGCAGCAGCAGGCUGAAAUUUAUCAGCAAUUUGCAGAGGUAAACAAGCAGUUCAGCGAACUGAAUAUGCAAUACCGCAAUGACAAUGCCGGGCAACAGCCCACGCCGUCUGCAGAGUCACAGCUCUUGACAGAACAGCAGCAGCAGCAGCCGCAGCAAUACUAUGAGCCAGCCCCACCUCAAACCCAAACGGAGACAGAAGCCUAUCCCCAGGAGCAGGCAGCGGCACCUCCGCUUUACUACGAUCCCCAUGCGGCUGCCCAGCAGCCAUACGACCAGCACUUGCUGACCUCCAGUUAUGGCCAAGUGGACACGGCCACUGAGGCCUACCAGGGACAGGCCGCACCAGAGGCGGCAGCUGCAGCUGCUCCUGCCUACGGCUUUGAUUAUUGGUCAGGCACACAGCAGCCACCGUAUGGCGAUGAGCCAAUUGAGAAUCAAGGAUCAUUGACCGAGGAGGAGGAUGAGCAGCAGCAACAGCAACAGCUGCUGGCCAAGCAGAAGAUGGAGCAGCAGCAUCAGAAGCAGCAGCAGCAACUGGAGCACCACAUGCGCAGCAAUGGCAGCAAUCGCUUCAAGUCGAAUGCCUUGAAGCAGGAGAAGAUCAGUGCUAAUGCAUUGCGUAAGAAGCCAGCAUCAGGAGCGGUGACAACUUCAAUAGCAGCGGCAGCAGCAGCAAUUGCACAAAUCACGCCAGCAACAUCAUCCUCCGCAAAGGCAUUCAAUUUGAAUGAUCUCCAACAGCCGCCGGCACAGGGUCGUCCGGCCAUCUCCAUGCCCAAGUCAAAGAGCUACGAUGAUGAGGAUAAUGGCAGCCAGAAGCCCUCACUUAGAGGAGGAAGCACCAUCGAUGGGGCUGGCAAACAGCAGCAGCAGGCGGGGCACGACAAACAGGCCAGUUCUGGCGGUGAUCUUGGCGCCCCACCUGGCAAUCAAAACGCUGGCUGGUUUGGCGGCCUCUGGAACAAGCUCUCGCUGAAGCCCAAGAACCAAAUGAUCCUGCCGGACGACAAGAACCCAACCAUUGUGUGGGACAAGGAGCGCAAGUGCUGGACAAAUACCGAGGGCAGUGUCGAUGAGGCGGAGAGCUUUAAGCCGCCGCCCAAGAUGAGCGAUUUGGGUGUGGCCAGUAGUAGUAUGCCGGGAAUGACAGGCGGCAAUCCUCCCAUCUUUAGCAAUCAUCAUCAGGCCGACCAGGAUCAGUCACAAAAACAACAACAGCAACAACAACAACAGCAGCAGCAACCGCAACCGCAGCAGAUGAUGUACGGCAGCCCCAUUGACUAUACGGCUGCUCCAGCGCCCGAAAUGAUACCCACGAUGCCAUUACCUGCCUCCUCACCAGCAGCAGCAGCUGCAGCUCCGUUGGCAGCUGGACAACCCAUCGGACCCCAGCCCAAGCUGCAAUCAAACAUGUUCAAGAUGCAACGCAAUCGCACUUUGAAGAACUCCUAUGUGGAUGUGUUUAAUCCCUCGGGUGCACCCAUGUCAGCCACACCCGACAAUGUCCUAGCUCCAAUAAUGGCGCCGGCGGCAGUGCCUCAGGGGGGUUACUUUGUGCCAGGAGCGGUGCCCGGGCAGCAGCAACAGUAGAAGCAGCAGCAAGCACAGGAAGAGAUGGAAACCGAUCGGAAGCAGGAAGAGAGCGAGAGAGAGAGCUGCCUUUAAACAAAUGCCAACGAAAAGAGAUGAUGAUCACCUCGAGCUACGUAAUAAAUGUUUUCACCUGGUGCACGCAUACACACACUCAAACACACUCAUCCAAAGACACAGCAAAUAAUCAUAACGAGAACGAGGAAAAACCCAUCCCAGCACCAACCGAGUUUUUUCAGGAACUCAUUUAAAGCUCUGUCUGUGUCUGUCUUUCUUUCACCUUCUCCCUCUCUCUCUCUCUUUUCUUUAUGUAUGUGCGUUGGUGUCUACUAAAUUAAUUGAAAUAAAUUUAAAAAACUAUUAAAAUCUUUUAACAAAUUGUGUCACGUGUGUGUGUGCGUGCGUCUUAAUGUGUUUAGUGAAUGAAUUGAAAGAGAAACGAAGAAAGAAAGCGAUUUAUGUACCAUUAGCUAAAUAUAUAUGUAAAUUUCUCUAUGUAAACUAUAUAAAUCCCAUCCCCAGCAUCCCAUAAACCCCCCCAAAUUGAUAUUACCCCCCUCACUUCUGUUUAUAUAUUAUAUACAUGUUUCUUUUGUAUGUUGCAUAGUUUUAUGAUUAUAUUUUUUGUGUGUUAAGCAGAUUAUAUGUGAACUAUGUAAGGAGGGCAGCAAAAGCGGACAUAUAAAUACAUACGUUAAUUAUAUUAUAAUUAAUAUAUAUAUAAUUAAAUAUCUGCAAAAACGGAAACCGAAAAUUGGCUUAAGGAGUUGUCCCAAUCUCGAUGUAUUCUCCUCCUCUCUCUGUGUGCCUCCCUUCCUUACGAUUGAUGCAAAAAUGAUUCCAUUUACAUAUAUCUAUAAUUAUAAAUAUGUGUUUUUUUUGUAGAGAAAUUUCAACGGUAUUUCAGAUUUUAUUUUUCCCUUUAUUUUCAUUUCUUUGUUUUUUUUUUUUUUUUAACUAUAAUUUAACCUUGAAAUGCAUUUUGAAAAUGUUGAUUUGUUAGAAACUUGUUUGUUUGUUUAUAUAUAUACAAUAUGCUUUAAAUUAUAUUUUAAUAACAACAAAAAAACUGGUGCAGGCAAACCCGAAAAAAGCGAAAUGCGAACGAAAUGAAAGUAAAAUAAUUUAGGAAUAUAUAUUGUAUACUGGCACACACACCCACACCCACAUAUAUGUAUUAUGUACAAAUGAAAAAUGCUAAAUUUGUUUAUUCGAAAUUAAACUAUAGAUGCAGAAUAACCGAGAACUCUGUGUAAAAUUGGUUUUUUUUCCAAAACAAAACAAAAUAUAUACACAAACAUAAUAUGAUGAUGGAACCUAGAUCGAAGCCAAGUCGAAAGCGUGGUUUGAAUUCUUAACGUUUAAUUAGCCUAAAAUAAUUACAAAAAAUAAACUAAAUCAAAUGCGUAUGAGGAAAUAUACAAGAUUUAUGUAAAAACUAA